AUGACCUCAUUUUAAGUGGGAACCAAACAGCACAUAGGCAAUUUUUAUUAUUUUUUUUUUUUUUUAGACAUUCCCAGAUUGGCAUUGAAUUUGGUCUCCGUGGUGAUUCCAAUAGAUUUAGAUAAACAUAAAGCAACAAGCUUGUUUGUGUUGGGGUUUUCUUUAAAGCUCAUCUGGUAACGUGCAAUUUCUGCCCCUAUUUCAACAUUCAUGUGACUAUGGAGUCGGAAUGUAGUCCUGCCUCAUGGGCUCAGGCAUGCCUCAGCCUAUCCUGUGCUGCCUCUAUUUGCCAAGAAGCUACUAGUCAGUGCUAUGUGGGACCCACUAUGAUGUACGUGUUUGAUUCCACACAGUCCAUCAAUUUUGCCAGCUCAUUUUAGGCUACAGGCCCAAAACUGAGGCAGAUCUAAAUCUCUCAGGUGGACCACACCAUAGUAAACAGUGAUGAUUGAACACCCACAGUUAAAAAACUUCUUGGGAGCCCAAGAAAGAUCUAAAUCUCAGGUGGACCUUACCAUAAUAUGAUGAUCAUAUUGUUUUAAUAAUAAUUUAUUCUUUAGUGAUUUUCUCAAUAACAUGAUGAAAAUACCCUCUUUCAUGGUCCUAAGAGGUGGCUAUUUGUCAUUUGCAAUGUCUCCAUUCUCUUCCUAUUGCAAUUCAUCAAAUCGCCCUGUUGAGUUUGCUACACUGCAUGCAUGAAUGAUCUGGUCUUGCGGCGAUUGUGGGAGUGCUUGCCUAUAUCCAUGACAAAGAUCUCUUUUUUGAGUUCUGCAGGUAAGCUUCUUGGAUUUUCAGGCUUUUGUAGUAGUAUGGACCUCAUGCUGACCUAUAUGCUUGUUCAAUUUUUCAAAUUCAUUUUAGAUAUUUUCAGUGAUGCAUAAAUUUGAAAUUCAUUCUAGAUAUUGUCAAUUAUGCAAAUUCAAGAGCAGGAGAGCUAGCUUGUAUUAGGCCUCAUUUCCAAUUACUAGAUAUCUUAGAACACAUUUCAAAACAGUGUCCUCUUCAUUCCCUAAUCUGAUUGUGAGCUCAAUAAAUACAAAAAUUAACAAAAGCAUGGCUCUGUUUUAAUUUUUAACUUAAGAGGCUGCAUGCAAUUGAAUGUUCAUCCUCAGGAACUUCAAUAUAUGGCUUGCAAAAUUUAUUUCAGUUGAUAGAUGUUUUUAUUUAUUUUUAUUUUUUAUUUAAGGUUUCUGGAUGCAAGUUUAGUAUUCUAAUUUCUAAGGUCAGUUUUACCCUGUCGCAUAGUCAAGAUAGUUUCCAUCUUCUUCUUUCUAUAUUACCACAGAUUCCAAGUUUUCGCAAAGAACCAUCUAGCAUUUCCCUUGGUGUUUCUUUCUCUUGCGAAAGUCUUUGUGCUUUUGUUGAGUCCACCAACAAAUGUGUAUUUUGAGACACGCAAGCAUUUCUCCCUGUGAGCUGAAACUCACUCGUGGACGUUUAUUAUAAUUCAAGAUUCAAUAAUGCAUCUGAUGAAGGCCUUAGUUAUUAUUUCACUACGGAUUUAAGAAAAAGGUAAUGGGAGGAUCCAAGAACCUCUAACAAACUUAGUUCCAUACCUAUAAUGGCAAGGAAUCUCUAACAUUUCUAACGAAGCCUUGAUUGUUUUUUUUUUUUUGCACAUGCUAUACCCAUUAGCAUUUAGCGCCAUUAUGCUAAUUGUAGUAGAUGAUUUAGCUGCAAACCACGAUGUUAUGUAGAUAGUAGAGGUACCAAUUAAGAAGAUUUAACUUUUUAAAACUAGUUUGUUGCAAUUAUUGUGAUCUAUCCUAGAUGUUUAUUUGUGUGCUCUAUGGCUGUGGCGCAGAAUUAUUGAGUUUCUUGGAAUUUUGAAUUGAGAAGCUUUUUAGGAGUCUGAAACUGAAUUGAACUACAAUUAGCAUGAAUUGUGAGCAACUCAUCUACUGAUUAUUUUUGGUUCUUUCGUGGUUUCAAAGCAAUAUGCCACUGAAUCUUUUAUGCUUUUAGAGAACUAGGCUGUUAUAUCCAUAACUUUCUUAAAUAAAUAAAUAAAUAAAUAAAUAAAAAGAUGAACAAGAGGUGAUGGCGAGGGGAACCUUUGCUAAUAUUCUCAUUGUUAACAAGCUCUUGAAGGGAGAAGCCAAAGACAGUUCACAUUCUAAUAGGCGAGAAGCUCUAUGUUUUUUAUACGGCGAUGGUUUGUGACAAAUGUGUUGAUGGCUUCGAUCAUCACUACAUGGUAUCUGUAUGGGAGAGAUUUGCUUCUUGCAUCAGAGUUAAAUAUCAUGAAUGAUUAUAUGCUGUCAGGUUUUUUACUGAAAUGGUGGGCUCUCUACAAGGCCCAAGAAGUCACAGGGAGAAUUCUGGCAGUCCAUCUGAGAGGAACAGUGUUCCUGAAUUACUGGUUUGAGAUGCUGGGAGCUCGGGUCGGAUCAUUGGUUCUGCUUGACACUGUCGAUAUUACGGACCCCACUCUGGUUUUGAUUGGAAAUGGAGCUAUAAUUACAGAAGGGGCGAUGGUUCAAAGCCAUGAGGUGAGGGAUGGAGUUUUAAGCUUCAUGCUGGUAAAGAUUGGACAAAAUGUUUCGAUCGGUCCUUACUCUGUGAUUCAGAAAGGAAGUGUUUUGGGAGAUGAAGCUGAGGUUCCUCGCUUGUAGAAGACAGAGAGGAAAAACUGUGUUUAGAAACCAAAAGGCUGGUAAAAUUCGGAAGGGCGAAAUGCACUCAAAGCUCCCGGUUACACUUACUGCCUUUUACCACGUCAUGGGCAUCUAUGCGGUUGGUUUUCUCAGUUCCCUCUCUGCAACUAUCCUUUACCUCCUCUACAUCCAUUUAUACAGAGUUUCUUUUACUUCAACAUUGAUAUGGUCGUUUGUCUUUUUAAUGCUACUGUAUUCAUAAAUUUGUCACUGUAACUCGAAGAUAAUGGUGGCUUAAUGUUGUUGAGGUGAACUACUAUGAUCUAUUUCUCAGUUGCAAGUAUUACUCAUUAUCAAUCUUUUGUGCAGGUUGGAGUGGCUGCCUUUGACCUGAGGUUAGCCUCACUUCAUCUUUCAAAGUACAUUGAAACAAGCAAUUCGUAACAAAAUACGAAGACUACUACAUUUUUAUGAUCCCAUCGUGAUCAUUGCCCACCCGAACAAUCUCGCAUCAGAUGGUAUGGUUGGAGUUUCAGAGCUGGUUGAUAGAUGUUAUACAUCAACCAAGAAUGUGCUGAUUCUUGAUGACAUUAUGGGUUUUGAUAGUCUUCUUUCAAAUGUUCACCCUAACACUAAAUUGCGCUGGUUAUCAUGGCUCGUGGGUGCUUUGAUGAUA